AUGUACCAGGAAGUGGCUUUCCUAGCGGGCAGCACAGAGCGGCAGUUCACCACAUUCCACUUCAACCCGCGGGAGCACCCGCAUGAGGUCACCGUCCGCAAGGGCGUCUUCUACAAGCGUGUGCAGUACCUGCCGCCUGAGCGCGACGCCUCUCUACUGCCCCCGUUGGCCGCCACCACCACCACCACCACCACCACCACCAGCGCAUGUGACGACGGUCGCUCCUCGCUCCGUGUCCACCACAACACCGCCACCGCGCCCCGCACCCCCACCACCGACGCCCCCGCCAUCAUCAACGUGGGCGGCAUCAAGUACCGCAUCCCCUGGGCCACGCUGGACGAGUUUCCGCUCACGCGCCUGGGGAAGCUGCGCGGCUGCAGCAACGCCGAGGAGCUGCUGGACGUCUGCGACGACUACGACGUGGCGCGCAACGAGUACUUCUUCGACCGCAGCCCCUCGGCGUUCCGCUCCAUCGUCACCUUCCUGGCGGCGGGGAAACUGCGGCUGCUGCGGGAGAUGUGCGCACUCUCAUUCCAGGAGGAGCUCCUCUACUGGGGUGUGGAGGAGGGCAGCCUGGAGUGGUGUUGUCUGCGGAAGCUGCGGUUCCGGCAGGAGGAGCACCAGGAGCAGCUGAGGAGGGAGGAGGAGGAGGCCGAGAUGCUCACCUCACCACAGUCCUGCGAGGAGGCACCUGCAAAAAGGGAGGAGGAGGAGACACGCAUGGCGUGCUGCAUGCGGAGGCUGCGGGACAUGGUGGAGAACCCCCACUCGGGGCUGCCGGGCAAGAUCUUCGCCUGCCUCUCCGUGGUGUUCGUGGCCAUCACCGCGGUGACCCUCUGCAUCAGCACCAUGCCGGACCUCCGCGCAGAGGAGGAGAGGGGCGAGUGUUCUCAGCGUUGCUUCAACAUCUUCGUGCUGGAGACGGUGUGUGUGGGCUGGUUCUCGCUGGAGUUCCUGCUGCGCUUCAUCCAGACGCAGAGCAAGUGCGGCUUCCUGCGCACGCCGCUCAACGUGAUCGACGUGGUGGCCAUCCUGCCGUACUACAUCACCCUCAUCGUGGACGCGCUCUCGGCCGGGGAGAAGCCCGCCGGCGGAAACAACUACCUGGAGAAGGUGGGCUUGGUGCUGCGAGUUCUCCGGGCGCUGCGUAUCUUCUACGUGAUGCGCCUGGCGCGCCACUCGCUGGGUCUGCAGACGCUGGGGCUCACCGUGCGGCGCUGCACGCGUGAGUUCGGCCUGCUGCUACUCUUCCUCUGCGUUGCCAUGGCGCUGUUCUCGCCGCUGGUGUUCCUGGCGGAGAGCGAGAUGGGCGCUAAGCAGGAGUUCACCAGCAUCCCCGGCAGCUACUGGUGGGCCGUCAUCUCCAUGACAACCGUCGGCUACGGAGACAUGGUGCCGCGGUCAAUACCUGGACAGGUGGUGGCGCUGAGCAGCAUCCUGAGCGGCAUCCUGCUGAUGGCGUUCCCGGUCACCUCCAUCUUCCACACGUUCUCGCGCUCCUACCUGGAGCUGAAGGAGGAGCAGAACCGGGCGCUGCGGCAGCGUCCCGACUCGCAGGACAGCACCAAGUCCCAGAACAGCGAGGACUCCCAGGACACGGACAACUCCUACCCCGCCUUGACGACGGCCGCCGCGCAGGCCUCCGUGGCUGCCCUGCACCGGCGCUCCAUCGCCGUCAUGGGUAGUCACAUUGAGGCUGUUGCCACCUUUCCAAGUGUGCCCCAUCUUUAG